CUAAGAGCCUGACGCUCCCAGGGCUGGCUGCAUCCCUCCUACUGCUGUUUGAUCGCCAUGGUAUCAGGGCUCCACGCCGACUUACUGUCUCACACAGCAUGACUGCACAGAAAAGUGCAUUUAACAUCAGGAGGGUUGAUUUUGCUUGUUGAGGGUUUAUAUAGCUCCUGAACCGAUGGAUCUACGGUAUAUAAACACUCCACGUGGUAAUUUAACGCUUCAAAAAUUGCUGUUUUUUCACGCAAGGACAGUGUCUGGAAAAGAUUAUUUUUUAUAUACACAUGAACACAUAUCAACCCAUGUACAUACAAGCUAACUUAUAACCUCUAACUGAGUGACUAAUAAAAUGACAAAUGUGACAAAUGUGCAGCUAUUGUGGUGCUGCAGGAUCUCAAAGGAAAUACGUCAUUUAAAAAGGGGGGUGGGAACUGGCCAAUCAUCCGUGACCAUCUAUCCUACGGUAGAGUAACAACAAAUAGCCAACGACAGUAACAAGUCCCGAGAACUCAGCUCUACAGCUUAGCACAGGAUGUCUUUGUUUUUUCUGGCUGUUUUAAAACGGGGCUCGUGGUCUUAACAGUAGAACACAGUUGUAGCAUAGCCCGAGCCCUUCCAAUGUAACUACAGUUUGAUUACUACUACAGAUAUGUAUACUACUACAGUACAGACUGGAAAAGGCCUAUUCUAUGCUACUUUUGCGUUGCCAGACAUGCUCCGGAACCUGUAAUAUCGUCCAGUUCAAAUCGGCAUGCACGUGUGUCUGUGGUCAUAUCGCUCAAUGUGCGUGCGUCUGAUCAUUGUCCUGUGGUUGGGUCAUGGACUGUGGCGUGCAGACAGAUAUUAUAAAUAGCCCCUCUCUGUCUUCAGCAGCCAGUAUGACAGGAGCUUAUGAGACUUAUUUUCUUAGCUGACCAAUAAUUAAACGGAGCUGGCAGAAGGAUAAUAAGUGGUCAUGCAGUCUUGACCGUUGGAAGUUUGGACCGAUUGGAUUUGCAGCUCGAGAACACAUUCAAAUUGCAUCGUGAAUAUGAGACAGCGGAGGGGUGGCAGUUGUUGUGAAUAUGACACAAGGCCUACUGUAUUUGGCCGUGGGCUUGCGGCUUCUGUAGUGACCUAUGUACUUGAGGAGCAGUGCGCGUGUGGCCUAGCUCAUGGAAGAUACAGUUUAUGUAAAUAGAUAUACUCCUCACGCUAAUUAGCCACUCUGGGCCAGGUGUGAGUGGUUCAAAAAGAUCUUUACAGUGCUGUGGUAGGUCCUCUCUUUCUUCCUGAAAGAACAUUGAAUAAUUAAAUAAAUCAUGACUCAGAAAGACUGCUGAAGGAGUUCAUAAAUCAGUCAGGAUUUCAGAGGGUAACAUUUUGACCAUCACGCGAUGAAACUCACAACGCUGAGUAAUGUCAUAUUAUAUGAUUUCACAAAGAGCUGCUGUAGGCCUAUAUCUUUCUGAAAAUACUGAUUUGUAACGGUUUCUUCAUACAGACAUCAUGUUUAGAUAUGUCCCGUUGAUUACUGCUGUACUGACAAGUAAAAUAACAGAAUGAUGGAUUUAUAGAGAAAAUAAUAAAAGCAGAAAGAACCGGACUGUUCAUUCUGCAGUGCCCCGUGCACGUACUGACGAACACAAGUGGACCGGGGUAAAAGGACCAAUGGCGUUGCGCGAAUGAACAAAUGAGGGUGGUAAUGACGUCAAUGUUGUGCCAGGCCGCGCGCAUCUUGGCGCGCUCGCGAAUGUGACUGCUUUGCUUGCUCUACCCGGGAGCACGAGCGCGUUGUGUUGAGAGAGCGAAAGAGAGCGAGAGAAAAAGAGAGAGAAAGAGAGAGAGAGAGAGGGAGAGAGAGAGAGAAAGAAAGGUUGCUGCUGCUGCAUCACUUUCAAUAGCGCACUAGUGCAGUCAGUGAGGACAGGACACGACAGCUCCUCGUCCCAAACCCGUUCAUUGGAGUUGUAAUCACCUGCAUCUUCUCUGAAGACUCAGGGUAGAGAAACGAAAGAAUUGAUUUUAUUUAUCUUUCUCUCAGCUACGAAAGGGAAUGCCAUCAAUAAAUAUGAAACUGGAGAUGGUAACCAUCAUCGCCUGCGAAGUAGACACCGAAGUGUUUACAUCCGACAAAAUGCAGGAGCGUUUCGAGGCGUUGUUCAGGGUCUAUGACGAGCAGACCUCCUUCCAGAUGUUCAGGAGUUUCAGGAGGGUGCGCAUCAGCUUCAGCACGCCAGAGGCCGCCGCACGCGCUCGCAUCGAACUGCACGAGACCGAGUUCAACGGCAAUCAGCUCAAACUCUACUUCGCCCAGGUCCAGAAUACUGGGGAGGAUGUAGACAAAUCGUACCUGGCCCCUCCCCAGCCUGUCAAACAGUUCCUGAUCUCGCCGCCCGCCUCUCCGCCCGUGGGGUGGAGCCAGAGUGAAGACGCCACGCCCGUCAUCAACUACGACCUGCUGUGUGCUGUGGCCAAGCUGGGGCCAGGUGAGAAGUAUGAGCUCCACGCGGGGACAGAGUCCACCCCCAGCGUGGUGGUCCACGUGUGCGACAGCGAGGCCGAGGAGGAGGACGAGGCGCGGGCCAAGCAGAAGAUCGUCCAGACAAGACGCCCCGACGGACCGCCCACCGUCCUCAACUAGAGGACCCCCCCCCCCACACUCUCCCCCCCGCGACGCACCUUACCCACGAUGCACCAGCCCCUCUCUCAACGUGUCUCUGGGCUCCAGAGGAACCACGACGACGCCCCUCAUUUCAGUUCAACUAUAAACAAACCGACGAACGAACAUUGCUGCGGGUGUUUGUGGAGCAUGGUGACGACGGAAUGAGGAGGCCUGAUUGGAUGAGAGUCACACACACACUCAUCACACUGGACGGACAGGGGUGGGGGGGGGGGCAUUUGCCGGCCUACCCUCCCCCCCGUCCUCCCUCUGCACCCCCCCCCCCCCUCCCUCGCCCUGAGGCAGCGCUGGGCCAGCUCCACCUGACUUUAACACAGGCACAGGCUGUCACCUGGCCUCCUGCUCACCUGUCAUUCACUCGGCACGCAUUGCUAGGCUUGUUAGGUAGCUUGUUAGUUAGUUGGUUGGUUAGCUCGUCAGCUAGUUAGUUUAUUACUUAGUUCGUUUUCACCUCUCCUACAUUCUUAAUCUCAUUGCUGGCUUGUGUGCAUUGAGCUUUGAUUGAGGACAUACAAUACCUCCAAAACAAGCAAGAUGUAUUUUUUUCCUUUUUUUUUAUUGAUGUAUUUUAUUGUAUGUAUGUCUCGCUCUCUCUCUCUCUCUUUUUCAUAUCAGCUCAUUUGAUGUUUCAAGUACUCAGAAUCAGGAUUGGUUGGGUUCUAUCCUUCCUCUCUGCAUGUAUAUACUUAACAGAUAUAUCAAGAAAAAGGAACCUACUAAGGUCACACACACAACAAGACGCUGUGUGUUUACGAUCCAGUUGUGAUGUCUGAAUACUUUUUCCCUCUUUCGCUUCUUGUUGUUUUUUUUAUCGGAGAGGUGUUGGUUU